GUCAGCUUUUGCAGUGAGGUGAGGUCAUACGCGUUCCUGGAGCGCGCUCGCAGAACAGCUGCGCACGUUCGCACUUUCACAGUUAAAAUGAAAACAGUUUGGACCGGAUUGCCCAGCACUGCCUCCCUGAGAUAUUCAAUAUGGACCUCUGUUUGUUUUCUAUUAAUAGUAAAAGUUUUGCAUUUGGGCGCACAGUUAAACAACACUAUUUUUGGAGGUACAACAACACCAGUAACUGUUUAUGUGAAGGUGCGCCACGACAGCCCACGUUUGAUCUGUAUGACAGAAGAGCUGGCCAGAAGAGAAGUAAUGGAUCCUUUUUUUCUUUGGACCGGACCCGAUGGAAGGAACAUUAAAGAUGAUAGUCAGGUUAACCUUACAAACACAGGUGUGCUCAUUCUAAACCACAUGUUUCAAAGCUACAUGUCUGGAGUUUUCACCUGCACUUUGAGUUACAAGAGCAUGAAGAACGCGAAAGAAAAAUUUGUCGUUCUUAAAUUUUUGAUUUAUGGUAACUCUUUGAAAUAUUUUGUUAUUUCUUUAGGAUAUCGUGACCCUGAUUUUCAGUAUAGGUUCAGGAGCAGGUUUAUUGCUGGGGAUUGCAAGGAUGGAGCAAACAAUUAUUUCUUUGACAACCUGACUGUUGCUUUAAAGCAGCUGGUUGCUAAGCUAACUUGCAGAGUCCUUGACCCUCAAUUUCAAUGUCAUGUUAUGAAGGAGCCAGGCGCAGGCCUGCAAACCAAUCUCUUCAUUACUUUCACAGUGGAUCCUUAUGGAAAAGGGUGGGAGCUAAUAUGUAUACAGUAUCACCAUGACUGUGAAGAUGAAGCUAACAAGAGGGUGAACAUGGCACAAGACCUUGUUCAAAUUUUCUUUGAGAAACAAGCAAGCAUACUCAAUCAGUAUAGUGGGAAGAUGCCCCUUAUAUACUACAUAAACGACAGUUUAACAUCUGAGCGCAUAGACAGCUGUCGACCAGGUUAUGGAAAGAAUAACGAAAUGCACCCGAAUUGCACAGAAUGCUGUGUUGUUUGCGAGCCUGGGACCUACAGCCUAGAUAAUUCUGUGAAGUGUGUGCCUUGUAAAAGCACUCAAGUGAGAAUUUAUGGAGCAACAGCUUGCUAAGUAAACUAUUUUUUUUUUAAUAGUGUUUUUUUUAAUGUAUAUUAUUUAUUGAAAGUGAGGAUCAGGCAUCAACGAAAAUUCUGUAAGUAUGUUAAAUAUCCCUAGGUGAACUGCUGAAUUAAUCUUAUUUGGGGAUUAUACGUCUUUUAAAAUAUGUUAUAAUGUUCUAUCUUCAAUAAAACUGUAUUACAGUAAAACAACAUAGGCACUUACCAAUACUAGCCUAGUCCUUGCAAUCCCCAGUGGCCUAGUUUGAAGGCAUUACUGGUUUAUUAAUGAAUUAUAACUUAAAUUAGACAUUGACAUAUAUUUAUUAUAGACUAGUAAUGAUAAAUACCAUUGCUCUUUUAAGAUACAGUCACCUCUCUGUGAACAGUAGCAUUUCUCUUCUCAGCGUUGGAGAUCAAGUCUCUCAAUGGAAGGAGCCAAAAGAAAACGCAAUGAAAAGAAAUACAAAACAUAAUAAAAAGAAGAUUUGUAA